AGCUUUUGUCCGUGCCGGACUCUGACGUCACUCAAGGACCAGCUCCGAAGUAAACUGGUCCUCCAGGGGAGGGGUUCGGAAGCCACGGGUCGCCGGCUAUUCGCUCCCCAGCCUGGGUGACGGACCCUCCAGGGAGGGCGGGCUGGUGGGGACGACGUUUUCUUCAGCGCUGUCUCGGACACACUCUGUGGGGGGUGGUCUCGGCCAGGCCCGCGCCGCCCCCAGCCCCGUCUCCCCCCCCAAGUGUGAGGAGUUGGUCUGUGCCGGCAGCGCGCGGGAGCCUUGAACAGCUGGGCUCCGGCGCGCGCCCCACCCCCGCACCCUCUCCGCUGGGGCUGCACAGACCAUGGAAGAGCAGCGGCGGCGGGAGCAGCAGGAGCGGCGGCGGCAGCGGCGGGAGCAGCUGCUGAAGGAGCAGCGGCAGCGGCAGCGGCAGUGGCAGCGGCGGGAGCAGCGGCGGGAGCAGGAGGAGCAGCAGCGGCGGCAGCGGCAGCGGCUGCGGCAGCAGCAGGAGCUCCGGACCCUGCGGGCCGAGAUUGCCGCGCUGCGCAGGCGCCUCGAGCGGAGUCGUCCCGAAGCCGACCCGGUUCCGGACCCGGACCCGACCCGACGUUUCUGCCAGGAUGACGAGCAGCCUCCCGCGGGCCGAGCGGAGCCUGCCAGGGCCUCGGAAGCCCAGCUUGAGCGCCUGGAAUCCGGCCUCUCCUUCCUCUCUGAGGUCACCGGCAUCAGGAUAACCGAUUACUCCGUGACCAGAGCCGAGCUCCCGGGAAGCGCGGAGGGGAUGCAGAGGAACGGGCCCAGGAUCCUGAGAAAGGGCCGCCUGGCCGGAGGCUGCCGAGAUGUGACCUUUCACCUGGAGUUCCAGCUCCUGGAGACGCAGGAUGAAGAGAACCUCUCGGCCGCCAUCACCGAGCUGAGCAUUAUCCUGGAGCCCAUGGAGUACGGCGAGCUGAGCCGCUUCGUGGCCCGGACAGAAGAGAAGCGGGACCUUUUCCAGUUUUUCAGAAGUCUUCACUUUUUCCUGGAGUGGUGUGAAUACCGGAAGCGGACAUUUCAGUACUUCAAGGAGAAGCACGGGGCCAUGGUCCAGCUCCCCGGGGGCCCCUCCGGCGACUCCAUGGGGAUCCAGAGCCUGCGCGUGCCCGGGUUCGAGCUGCUGGUGGUGUGGACGGUGCACAUCGACGAGGACGGCCAGGUGCUGCCCAGGCUGGACCUUCUGACCAAAGUCCCGGAGCCAGCCCUGGCCCUGGACAGCAGGAAGGUGGUGGAGCGCGCCCCCCGCUGCUUCCGGACCCUCCUGCAGCUGCUGGGCGUGGAGGCGGCCAUCGACGGCCUGGUGCGGCUGCUGGGCCCCGAGGAAUGACCACGCCGCCCGUGCCCAAAAACGCUUUAAUUCCGAGCCGCCCGGGGCGGCCCGCAGUGAAAAUAAACGUUUGCGACUCUCCCUUAGUGAACCGAA